CCUGACAGCAAGCAGAGGCAUAAGCCAGCAGCAAACUAUUACGGCCAAUUCCAGCCUUUUCUUGGCAUUUUUGGAAAAAGCGCCUCUGUUUCUUUAAAUGAGGAGAGGACUUCAUCUUCAGGUGGAGUCAAUUCUUGCUGGGUUAUAAAUUUGCUGGGAGCAGAGAAAGCAGCUGGUUGUUUUAUUUUUUGCUGGAAUCUUAGCAAGCAUAUAGAACCACGAUGAGGGAGUGCCUGUCGAUCCACAUUGGCCAAGCUGGAGUUCAAAUGGGCAAUGCCUGCUGGGAGCUCUACUGCCUGGAGCAUGGGAUUCAGACAGACGGCACCAUCGCCGGGAACCAGGCAGCUCCGAAAAUCCUGCCAGAGACGGAGCAGGUGGACGCUUCUUUCGAGACUUUCUUCUGCGAGACUGCAUCAGGGAAGCACGUGCCAAGGGCAGUCUUCAUUGACUUGGAACCGACUGUCAUAGAUGAAAUCCGCACAGGGCCUUAUCACUCCCUCUUCCAUCCUGAACAGCUGAUCAGCGGCAAGGAAGACGCAGCCAACAAUUACGCCCGAGGCCAUUACACCAUCGGGAAGGAGAUCAUUGACACAGUUCUGGGCAGGAUUCGCAAAAUGGCUGACCAGUGCAGCGGCCUCCAAGGUUUCUUGGUCUUCCACAGCUUCGGCGGAGGAACAGGGUCAGGCUUCACUUCGCUUCUGAUGGAGCGGCUCUCAGUGGAGUACAGCAAGAAGUCAAAACUGGAGUUCUCUGUGUAUCCUGCCCCGCAGGUCUCCACGGCCGUCGUGGAGCCCUACAACUCCAUCCUGACCACCCACACCACCCUGGAGCACUCCGACUGCUCGUUCAUGGUGGACAACGAAGCUAUCUAUGACAUCUGCAACCGCAACCUUGACAUCGAACGCCCCACCUACACCAACCUCAACAGGUUGAUCGGGCAGAUCGUCUCGUCUGUGACGGCUUCCUUGAGGUUCAACGGCGCCUUGAACGUCGACCUAAUAGAAUUCCAGACCAACUUGGUGCCUUACCCCAGGAUCCACUUCCCCUUGACCACCUACGCCCCCAUCAUCUCCGCCGAGAAGGCCUACCAUGAGCAGCUCUCCGUGCCGGAGAUCACCAAUGCCUGCUUCGAGUUCUCCAACCAGAUGGUGAAGUGUGACCCGCGCCGGGGCAAGUACAUGGCUUGCUGCCUGCUGUACCGGGGGGACGUGGUGCCCAAGGAUGUCAAUGCAGCCAUUGCGGCCAUCAAGACCAGGAGGUCCAUCCAGUUUGUGGACUGGUGUCCCACGGGCUUCAAGGUGGGCAUCAACUACCAGCCGCCCACGGUGGUGCCCGGGGGGGACCUGGCAAAGGUGCAGCGGGCUGUCUGCAUGCUGAGCAACACCACCGCCAUCGCUGAGGCCUGGGCCCGGCUGGACCACAAGUUCGACCUGAUGUACGCCAAGAGGGCCUUUGUCCACUGGUACGUUGGGGAGGGCAUGGAGGAGGGGGAGUUCUCCGAAGCCCGGGAGGACCUGGCUGCCCUGGAGAAGGAUUACGAGGAAGUCGGGAGGGAUUCUGCGGAUGGGGAGGAAGAGGAUGCUGAGGAAGAAUAUUAAGCCCAAGGCCAUGCGUCUGUAUGUGCCAAACCUGCAUGUAACUGGGCUAAGAUGGGGAGAUGAACCAAAACUGUUGACUCUUUAAAAAAAAAAAAAACCAACACCCCAUAAUAAACAUUACUGUAUCUCUUACAAGACUUGUGUAGUGUAAGGACUCUCUAACACAUUGUACUUUGUUUAGAAGGCACUUCCUUGUAGCUUUUUGAAUCUUUACUUCCUAUCUUAGAAUUAUGUGAAAUUAACUCUUUUGAGUGUGGAUCUUUGGAGGGGGUGGGUGCAGGAGAGGCUAAUGUGCUUGGCUGUCCUGUAUCACGUCUGUGCACUCAAGAAUGGGUAAGGGG